UUAUUCCCUUUGGACCUCUCAACCUCUCUCCUUUUCCCAACAAUGGCGUUUCUCUCUCAGAAGAAAAAAAAUGUUACAAGGGUUUGUUUUCGGCAUCAAUGACGUGUACGGUCAUGAAUUCACCGCCGUGGCGCUACCGGAAUUCGCUUACAGGAACACUCGCUUAACGCCACAAACCGAUGACACGGCGCUGUUCAACUCCGACGAGUUUCGGAUGUACGCUUUCAAGAUCCAACGGUGUCCAAAAUCCCGCAGCCAUGAUUGGACGGAAUGUCCUUAUGCCCACCGUGGCGAGAAGGCGCAACGCCGUGACCCACGGCGGUUUAACUACUCUGCUGUGGCUUGCCCUGCCUUUCGGACGGGCAGCUGCCCAAAGGGGGAUUUUUGUGAAUUUGCUCAUGGGGUUUUCGAGUUCUGGCUCCACCCGACCCGGUACCGAACCCGGGCCUGUAAUGCGGGUAGGUUUUGCCAACGCAAAGUUUGCUUUUUUGCUCACUCGCCGGAGGAGCUCCGCCCUGAGACCAAACUCAAGCUUCAUUUUGAUGCUCCCGUGGCGCGUGUGGCGCUGGCCGCACUUGAAUAUCCCGUGGAGAGAAAGAACGACGGCGUUUCGGAAAUUCCGGUGAAGGAGAUCAGCGACGGACUGGGAAAUGAACGGAGCUCUGAGUUGGAGGCGUCGGAAUUCGAGUUGCCGCACAUUGAAUGGAUAUCGGAAUUGUUGCAGUAAAUAAAUAAAUAUAUAAAUAAAUAAAGGCCUUUACAGGGUUGCUUUAUU